GAGUGGGGCCCUCACCGCAGUCAUCUUUACCCUGAAGCUGGCAGGUGUUCCGCUCCCAGUUCCUGCAGAUGCGAGAGAAAGAAGUGCCGGACACUCAGAAACAGGAAAAUGGCCUUGCAGCUGAGGAUUGGUGUGAAGGUGCGGAAGACUGGGGAAGUGACAAUGAGGAGGCGCCUUCACCGCAGCUUACCUUGGGUUUUGGAAAUGAUUCGAACAGUGCCAAGGACGUAGACUGGACUGCCCAGCUCCAAGACCUCCACCUUCAGGAAACUCACACGGAUGCUGCUCUUCCUGUGCCUCCUGGGGAAGGGAUGGCCUUGCCUUCUGUGGUGCCACAGUUCCUGCCCCGCUACAUCGGUGUGGUAGAUGAGGAUGACUACAGGGACGUUGUCAGUCUAGAUCAUGCGCAUAGUCUUCUCAGGGAAUAUCAACAGCGAGAAGGAAUUGAUAUGGAAGAGCUGCUUUCCCAAAGUCUUCCUAGUGAUGGUAAUGAAAAAUAUGAGAAGACCAUAAUUAAAAGUGGAGAUAAGAUAUUUUACAAAUUCAUGAAGAGAAUUUCUGCUUGUCAGGAGCAGAUUUUGAGGUAUUCCUGGAGUGGACAACCACUGUUUUUGACCUGCCCUACAUCAGAAGUCACUGAGCUCCCAGCCUGCAGCCACUGUGGAGCCCAAAGGACAUUUGAGUUUCAGCUUAUGCCAGCACUGGUCAGCAUACUAAAAAGUGCUAAUUCAGGUCUUUCUGUGGAAUUUGGAACAGUUCUAAUUUACACAUGUGAGAAGAGUUGCUGGCCUCAAAAUCAGCAGACUCCCAUGGAAGAAGUUUGUAUUGUACAAGAAGACCCAGAUGAAUUAUUAUUUAAGUAGAAUAUUUCCAUUUUUAAUAUAAAUGGGAAUCUAUUUUAAUGUCCAAA